AUAUUGGCACCUCACGAUUCGGAAAUAUGCCGACUUGCUUAUGAAAAUAUGGAACCAAAGUCAGAGUAUUGGGAUUUAUCAGAACUUUCAGCACAUUCACUUUUACAUUCAGCUGAUCUCGUAAUGGAAAAAUACUUCGCUGAAGAAUUGUUUCUGUGUCGUUAUAAGUCUCUGAAUGAAAAAUGUCCAGUAAAAUUCACUUAUACCGCAUUCCAUGGUGUUGGACUACCAUAUAUGACAAAGAUGUUGAAAGAUUUCGGGUUUCCAUCGGAAAACAUAGUUAUUGUGCAGGAGCAGGCGGAGCCAAAUCCCGACUUUCCAACAGUGCCAUUUCCAAAUCCAGAAGAGGGUCAGAAAGUGCUCACAAUACCGAUAGCAACGGCUAAUAAACAUAAUUCCAGCAUAAUUCUAGCCAACGAUCCGGAUGCUGAUCGUUUCCAGUUGGCGGAAAAACAAUCUAAAGGUGAAUGGAAGAUUUUCACGGGGAAUGAAAUGGGUGCUUUGAUGUCAUGGUGGAUUUGGCAUUGCUGGAGAGAGCAAAAUCCGAAAAAGGAUCCCUCAGAUUUAUACAUCGUCACUAGUGCUGUUUCAUCUUCAAUAAGUCGUACUAUUGCUGACAAAGAAGGUUUCAAAAUUGAGCAAGGUUUAACAGGAUUUAAAUGGCUAGGAAAUAAAUCGGAUGAGCUUCGCCGUCUCGGAAAAACUGUAUUGUUCGCAUGGGAAGAAUCAAUUGGUUUCAUGCUAGGACAUGCCCUUGAUAAAGAUGGUAUUACUGCGGCGGCGACAUUUGCUGAAUUGACAUCUUAUUUAUAUUCCAAACAAUUAACUCUUGGUCAACAACUUCUCAACAUUUAUAGCGAAUAUGGUUUCCAUCUAAUUAGCAGCUCGUAUUGGUUUGUACCCAAUGAAAUAACAAUGAAGAAUAUCUUUGCAAAAAUACGUAGAGAUAGUAAAUAUCCACAAAAAAUCGGGAAAUUCGAUGUUAAAUAUAUACGAGACUUGACAAUUGGAUAUGAUAAUGAGCAACCUGGAAAUAAACCGAUUCUACCACUUAGUACUUCAUCAGAGAUGAUUACAUUCACAUUAUCGGAUGGUAGUUGGGCAACAAUACGAGCAAGUGGAACUGAACCAAAAAUCAAAUAUUACAUUGAAUUCAAAUCGUCGCCGGGCAAAACGAAGAAAGACUUAGCUGAUAUACAGCAACAACUUGCCGAACUAGAGCAGGCGGUAGUCGACAAUUUAUUGGAACCAAAAAUUAAUGGUCUCAUUGCAAGAUGCUAA